CAAGAAAAGUUUAUUUGGCUCAUGGUUUUAGAAGUCCAAGAGCAUGGCACUGACAUCUGGCAAGGGCCUUGUGCUGUGUUAUCCCAUGACAGAGGAUCAGAAGAGCAAGCGAAUAUGUGAGACAGAGAAAGCUGAAAUCCAGUGAAAUUCAUCCCUGUAUUAGGAACCCACUUCCAAGAUAACUAACCCAUUCUGAAAAUAUCAUUCAUCCAUAUUGCCCUCAUGACCUAAUCACCUCUUAAAGGCCCCACAUCACAAUACCAUUACAUUGGCAAUUAAAUUUCAACAAGUGUUUUGAAGGGGACAUUCAAACCAUAGCACCCUACACAUCUGAAAUCCAUCUACACUUUUCCACCUCCACUGCCACCACUUUAGUCCAAAUCACUCUCCAUUACUGCUAGCUCACAAAAGUGCAAUAACUUUCCAACUAGUAUCCCUGCCUCUCUUCUUUCCCUUAGCUAUCAUUCUUCACACAGAAACAAGAGCUCAUUUAAUGAUUUAAAUCAAAUCCUGUAAUUCUCCUGCUUUAAAAACUCCUGAUAACCUCACAGUAGAAAACCAAAAAUAAAUGUGAAAAGAAUGAUGGAAUUAGAAAAUCACCAUUUGGCAACCAUUGUAAUAAUUAAUUCAAAUAAGAAUCAUCAGAUAUUAGAAUUAAUGAGUGAAAUGCUGAGGCAUAAACAGGAUGUGUACAUAUUCUCAAAGUAUUUCCUCACAAGAUACUAAUUACAAAGCGAAAAAUGAAACAUUAUCAGGGAUAAAUCUUCAGCAAGUGAUCAAAGUUAACCCUAUCAGCAAUAAAACAACAUCAUGUCCCUCCUAAUAUAAUGCUCUGACAUGAAUGAAUACAAGGUCAUUUCUGUAGUAUUCCUGCCAUAAAUGCAUCACUUGAAUCAAAUGACAAAAAAACAAACCUAAAUUAAGGAAUAUUCUACAAAAUAAAUGAUUUGUAUUCUUCAAAAAUGUUCAUGCCAUGAAAACUGAAGAAAUACUAAGCAACUAUUUUCCAGACUAAAGCAGACUGGAAACAUGACAACUGUAUGCAAGGUGUGAUCUUGGAUUUUCUUUUGCUAUGAAGGACGUUAUUGGGCCAAUUACCAAAAAAAAAAAAAAUGCAUAAAGUUGAUAGAUCAUAGUAUUGCUAAUUUUCUGAUUUUCACAAUAAUACUGUGUCUAUGUGAAAUAAUGUUCCUGUAUUGGGGGAAAAUACACACAGACGUAUUAAUAUUUAGGAGUAAAAAAAAUGCUGAUGCCCUAUUUACAAUCGGAUUAAAAUUCAAACCACUUCAAGAUUUGGUCUCAUGUGCACUUGUUCUCUUCCUGUCAUUCUUCCCCAUUUAAUCAUUAUGAGAGGUCACUGACGUGACGGUUCCCAGCGCAAGCCAAGAUUUUUACUGUUCCCUAAACCACCGUCUUUUGUUACCCUAUUUUAAAUAUCACUCACUCAGAAAGUCAUUCCCUGAGCACAUUGCCUAAAGUUAGUACCUCCAUUAUCUAUUAAAGCACUCUUCCUUCUUACUAUUUUGCUUAUUUAUUGUUACCUAUUUCUUCCCACUGAAUGGAAAUUCCAUUAGAAAUGGGGGUAUGUUCUGUUCACGGCUUUUUCUUGAACACGUGGAAUAUAUUAGCGCUCAAAAAAUAUCUUUAGUCAGACUUAUCUUUAACUCUUACCAAAAAGCGUUAUACUCAUAGAAAGAGCACUAAUACUUCUGUAAAAUUCUAAGCUGAAUUCAAAGACGAUACCCUUGAAGUGAAACUUCACGAAAGCCUGAGCAUAAGAAGGUGAAGAUGCCAUCAAGAUUCUGGGGUCAGGGUCGGGACGCGGAGGAAGACAGGUUACUUCGCGCCUACUGCUUUUUCUACUUUUUGUGAGAGUAUACGAGCAUCUCUCCCUUUGGCCUAAAGAAAGAAUAAAGUCAGGAGAGAAUAAUAACAUAAAAGAUAAAUAAUAAUUCCAAGGAAAGGAAUACAGCAGCUUCUCAGAUACCACGACGCCAGGUGGCUCAAAGUACGUGAACUGAAGGAGUAGCCUUUGCUUUCCCCAACCCCGCCUCCAUUGCUUCUGCACAUGCGCGCCGCCAGCCUCUGGCGUCCCGCUUCUUUCCCACAAUACUCCUCGUCCUCGGGGCCGGAGCCGCGGAACGAGCCACAGAGAAAAAGGUUAUUGGUUGGCGGUUCAGCCAAUGAGCGGGCCUGUUACUAGUUUGCGGCAUCCUGUGGUAUAGGGGAAGCGCUCCAGGCCUGGAAUCCCUACGCGUCCCGUUGGGUUUAGCACGAUGAGCUCAAUCGGCACCGGGUAUGACCUGUCAGCCUCUACAUUCUCUCCUGACGGAAGAGUUUUUCAAGUUGAAUAUGCUAUGAAGGCUGUGGAAAAUAGUAGUACAGCUAUUGGUAUCAGAUGCAAAGAUGGUGUUGUCUUUGGGGUAGAAAAAUUAGUCCUUUCUAAACUUUAUGAAGAAGGUUCCAACAAACGACUUUUUAAUGUUGAUCGGCAUGUUGGAAUGGCAGUAGCAGGUUUGUUGGCAGAUGCUCGUUCUUUAGCAGACAUAGCAAGAGAAGAAGCUUCCAACUUUAGAUCUAACUUUGGCUACAACAUUCCACUAAAACAUCUUGCAGACAGAGUGGCCAUGUAUGUGCAUGCAUAUACACUCUACAGUGCUGUUAGACCUUUUGGCUGCAGUUUCAUGUUAGGGUCUUACAGUGUGAAUGACGGUGCGCAACUCUACAUGAUUGACCCAUCAGGUGUUUCAUAUGGUUAUUGGGGCUGUGCCAUUGGCAAAGCCAGGCAAGCUGCAAAGACGGAAAUAGAGAAGCUUCAGAUGAAAGAAAUGACCUGCCGUGAUAUUGUUAAAGAAGUUGCAAAAAUAAUUUACAUAGUACAUGAUGAAGUUAAGGAUAAAGCUUUUGAACUAGAACUCAGCUGGGUUGGUGAAUUAACUAAUGGAAGACAUGAAAUUGUUCCAAAAGAUAUACGGGAAGAAGCAGAGAAAUAUGCUAAGGAAUCUCUCAAGGAAGAAGAUGAAUCAGAUGAUGAUAAUAUGUAACAUUUACUCCAGCAUCUAUUGUAUUUUAAAUUUCUACUCCAGUCCAAUGUAACUAUUUAGCCCUGGAUUAUACAUACUGUCCAAUUUUCAUUAAAUUUUUGUCUUAUAACUA